ACGAUCCUUCCUGUACAGUAUAAAGAAUAAGACCGUGUCUAGAGUCUGUUAAAACGCUUUUUCUUUAACCGAAAACAAAAUAAAAAUGUGGAUUCAACGAUUUGUGCUUUGUUUCAUAUGGACCGUUUUUGGAAUAUCUAAACUGACAAAUGCUUUGGUAAAACUGGAUGCCUCCUUGAAAACCAGUAUCAAAGGGAACACAACCGAGGCGUUGUUUUACUGCCGCGCCAACAAGGGCCAGCUGUAUUACCUUAACCACGUACUCACGUGGAGUAAGGUCUCACGUGACGGUCGCGAGCGGUAUCUUUCAAUCAACUGGGACUUGGUACAACACGGGGGAAACAUGGGCUACGCGAUCCGAUCACAGUUCGAGCACGGUGAUAUCUUUAACACGGCCAUCAAGGACCUGAUACAACAACCGGUCGUCUUUGUUCUUGGAAAAGACAAACUGGUGUCCGAGGACCACGGGGAAUACAUAUGUCGCGUGCACGACUUUGACCGAAACUUGGUCGCGGAGGGAUCCGUACCUGUCACGGUUUACGAAAAUGGUAUUGCACUAUGGCCGUACAGAAUUGUUGCGUCGACCGGAAAAGACGUCGGAAUAAGCUGCAAACACAACACAACAGCCACGGGUGGCGGUCUUGUGGUCUUACGACACGUAAAGAGCGACGGAAGUUCCACCACUGUGGUAAAAGACGGAAAAUUGGUCGAAACGUCUGAUAAAUAUGGGUUUACCACGCAAACGAACAACACAUCAUUGGAACACAACGUGCUCACAAUUAGAAAUCUGACGUCUGAAGAUGAAGGCAACUUAGUUUGCGAGUUGACGUCGGCCGGCAUCGUUACAGCGACCACACAGGCACCUAUUUCCGUUGACGCCAUCAAACUGAAAGUGACGCCACUAUUCUUCCUAGAAGUACCACACGACGCUGAGGCGCAAUUUAUGUGUGAGUGUGACGUCGGAUUUGAGAAGUAUUGCCUGGGCAACGACCUUCGCUGGUCGCAUAGUGACCAGAAAACCGGAAACGUGACUGAAGUUGUCACAGGUGGCAAUUCCCUUGGUGAUCCCACUCAUUAUGAGAUCAUUUCCGGCGCAGGAGGGUCGUCCAAAAAUCUCACAAUUCACGGGGUAAAAGUGGGCGAUUCUGACUACAUUUGUUCACUGCACGACCAGAUGAGCGGGAAGUUACUCGCACAGGCCUUCGUACCCGUCAGUGUCAUACCGGUAACGCUACGUACCAUGGCAAUGACAGAAAAGGACGUCGACGGGGAAAACGCCAAACUCCUGUGUGCUCUGAGCGGCACAAUGUGGGACUCGCACUAUUUCGAUACUCACUCACUCGUGUGGAGAAUAAAGGCGAAAAAUGUUGUCACUGAUGUCGCUACUAACGGAGUACUAGAUCCCAGUGUAGACAAACAGCGUUACAAUUUGCAUCUGGAUCAGAUCAAUAAGUAUUCCAUUAUUACAAUCAAAGGUAUUACGGAGGCUGACCACGGUGAAUACACAUGUGAACUAAUGAAUACUAACUCCAAGGACAAAUUGGGUCACAAGACCAUCCGCAUGUUUGGCAAAGCUGACACAUCGAGAUUUGGAACAUAAUGCGGGUCUUCCAGUCAGUUCUUACACAUAGCACUUUUUAAUGUCUCUUUCCAUACAUUGUAAUAAACUGGAUAUUUUCUA